CUGCUCCUGCGCGCUCCCCGCUAACUUUGCCUAGCGGAGCUCGCGGCGGCGCCUUGCAGCCCGUCCCCGCGCCCCGGCGCGCUCCGGAGACCGCAGAACGAUGUCGGGGCCCGGGGGCCGAGGCGCAGCCCCGGCGGGACGGCUGGGCACUGGGCUGUUGGGUCUCUUCCUGCUCCCGGUGUCCCUGUCGCUGGAGGUGUCUGUGGGGAAAGCCACCACCAUCUACGCCGUCAAUGGCACGGAGAUCUUGCUGCCCUGCACCUUCUCCACCUGCUUUGGCUUCCAGGACCUCCAGUUCUCCUGGUGGUACAACGGCACCGAUACAUUCAGGACCCUCAUCGAGGGGACGGUGAAGAAUGAGAAGUCGGACCCCAAGGUGAAGUCCAAAGACGAUGACCGCAUCACCCUGGAGGGCUCCACCAAGGAGAAGAUGAACAACAUCUCCAUCCUGCUGAGGAACCUGGAGUUCAGCGACUCGGGCAAGUACACCUGCUACGUGAAGAACCCCAAGGAGCACUAUCUUCACCACCAGGCCACCGUCACCCUCCAGGUCGUUGAUAAACUGGAAGAAGUGGACAACACGGUGACCCUCAUCAUCUUGGGCGUCGUGGGCGGGGUCAUCGGGCUCCUCAUCUGCAUCCUGCUGAUCAAGAAGUUCGUGGCCUUCAUCGUCAAGAAGACUCAGGAGAAGAAGUGAGUGGACUCCACUGCGCGGGCCGCUCAGCCCGUCUUCUCGCGCCUGCGUUCCCAGCACUGACUCUGUGCGCGGCCAUCUUCACCCUUCCCUGCGCGCCCUCAGCCCGCCCUCCUUCCCACCCCUGCACCCCCCUCCCAGCUCCGGAACAGUGUCCGGCUCCGGAGCGGCAGCAGGUGAGGGUACAUUUGGAAUGCGGGGCUCCACUCUCGAACGCGAUCUGAGCCCAAGGGGGGCCACCCAGGCGCCCCGGAACUGCUCUGUUUCUCUGGACAUCAUUCCGCUCUGUGGAGGAGCGGGAGUUAGGCUGGAGG